CCACUCGUCGUCACGCUGACCGCCAUCAGCUGCUUUGGAAUUUUUGAGGUUCCGCCACCGGGCAGCAUGACCGUCCCUAAUAAAUGGGCCGCGCUCCCUUGAGGACUCGAACAUUCAGCACAAUCGUCGAGGAAGGAAACGAUGCUGCGCAAGGGGGUCACGGAGAGUUUCGGCGCCGCCAUCCAAGCGCUGGGCGCCGGCCAGCUCACGGACGGCGUCGUCAGGCGGAGUAAGCGGAUGAUGCUGGACACCCUCGGCGUGGGCGUCCUCGGGUCCGGGACGGACGUCUUCGACAAAGUUCUCAAGUACAGCCGGUCGUUCCAGUCCGAGGAGAAGAGCAGCGUUUGGGGCAAGCGGGCCGUGACCGUGCCCCCGCACUUUGCCGCGUUUGUCAACGGCGUAGCGGUGCACUCGAUGGACUUUGACGACACGUGGUACCCGGCCACCCACCCCUCGGGGGCCGUGCUGGCCGCGCUGCUGGCCUUGGCGGAGGCGGACCCCGGGAGGCCCUCCGGCCUGGACCUGCUGCUGGCCUUCAAUGUUGGCAUCGAGGUGCAAGGAAGACUUUUGAGGUUCUCCAAGGAGGCCUUCAACAUCCCUAAAAGAUUCCACCCCCCCAGCGUGGUCGGCGUGAUGGGCAGCGCGGCGGCCUGCGCCAAACUUUUGGGCUUAUCGUCCGGGCAGUGCGCCAACGCUCUGGCCAUCGCGGCGUGCUCGGCCGGGGCGCCGCUGGCCAACGCCGCCACCCAGACCAAACCCCUGCACAUGGGCUACGCCGCCCAGAAGGGCCUGGAGGCCGCUCGGCUGGCCCAGGCGGGCGUGGAGGGCAACCCGUCCAUCCUGGACGCGGAGCACGGCUUCAGGGUUUACUACGAAGACUACGAGCCGUCGCCGAUGACGCUCCCCGGGGUGGGCGGCACGAGUUGGGUCCUGGAGGAGCAGGACGUGGCCUUCAAGCGCGUCCCCGCUCACCUGGGGAUGCACUGGGUGGCGGACGCCGCUCUGGCGGCUCGCGCUAAGAUCCCGAACCUGGACGCGGCUCAGAUAAAGCGCGUCAUCCUGCGAGUUCCGCCAUCCAAGUACAUCGACGUCCCUUUCCCCGCCACCGAGCACCAGGCCAGGCAUUCGUUCCAGUUCAACGCCUGCGCCGCCAUCCUGGACGGCGGCGUGUCGACGGACUCCUUCGCCAGAGCUCAAAGGGAGCGCUCGGAACUCCAGGACCUCCUCGCCAAAGUGGAGGUCCAAGUCCCCGGGGACAACCAGGCCAGCUUCGACAAGAUGUACAGCGAGGUGGUCAUCGAACGCCGCCAGGGCGGCAGCGUCCGGGCCAGGUGCGACACGUUCUACGGGCACUGGAGGAAGCCGCUGAGGCAGGAGGACCUGGUGGAAAAGUUCUUGGCGAACGCCUGCUCCGCGUUGAGCUCGGAGGGAGCGCGAGGCGUGCUGGGCGCCAUCGGAAACUUGGAGACGGAGGCGGACUGCGCGCCGUUGCUUUCGUACUUGACCAUGACGAGCGAGGAACGCCGGCACGAGUGUGACUCGGGGGCUUUGUCGCAAAGCGUAGGAGGAAGAGCGAGUCAACGUUGAGGCGCUCGGGGGGGGGGCCUGGAAAUAUUAUUGCGUUCCAAUCAAAAACAAGCACUUUAUCAAGCCCAAAAAUAUUCAGCCGGCAAACGAGACAGGGGAGGACACGGCCUCUGGUCCACGCUCAGCUCGGAUGGGCUCCAGCACGUGUGGAUGGCGGGAUAGUAAUAAAAAUAAAAAAGAAAACAAUUCAGACAUUUUCGAAUUACAUUGUAUUAUAUGUUUGAUUUUUUUUGGGGAUCACCUCGAUGAUUUAUAUAGAUUGCACUCUGAAUUGUUUAAUGUUCAAUAAAAAAAAUAACUUUUCCACAAUACAAUAAAAUCUCCAAAGGUUUUUUUUUUUAUUUCAUCCAAAGAUUGUAUGAGUUUUAGAUUUCUACAGACUCAUAUAAAAGUAUAAAAGUUUUUUUGUUUUUUUUUAACAAUGGAAAACAUACUGAUACAGAUUGUGGAAUUUAUUUUAACCAAUUAAAAAAAACGAAAUGGGGAGGGGGAUUCAAAGAAAAAAAUAUAUGGCGACUAACAAAAAUAUUAAAAAAAAUGGAAAAAAAAUAAGCACAACAUAUGCCUAAUAACUGCUAAUUAUGCAUAUCUAUAUUUAGUUUACAUGUUCUUCCCCACAAAAAGUGAUUCCAAAUACAAAUAUAAAACAGUACAUAUGAAGCCAAUAUUUUCUUCAGUUUGUAGAAAGGUGUAUCACACAGGUGUCAAACUCAAAGCCCGGGGGCCAGAUCCGGCCCGCCGCAUGAUUUUAUGUGGCCCGCGUAGGCACAUCAUAUGCAUCAACUUCCGUGAUUUUUUUUUUUUGUUAGAAUCUGUACCAAAAUUUCCAAUUGUCAUAUCAUAAAUGAUGACCUUGAGAUACUGCAAGCAUUUGUGUGACCAAUCAUCAACAACA